CAAUGGAAUGAAAUAAAUGGGCUUGUAUUCACACCAGAGGCUGUUGCGUCAUAAGUAAAAAAUAAAUAAAAUCAUAAAGAUAAAAAAAAAUUAGUUUAGCUGGUUGACUUAAAAACCCCUCUGUUGUGCAUGAAGGGCAGCGGCAAAUUUGUGCCACAAAUGAGGAGGUAUCUCUACUUCAGUCAAAGCCAUACAUUUACAGCACCCAUUGUCCUCUUUGUUCAGCUGGAAAGACAUCUCACCUUUGAUUAGAUGGGCACACCAUGUACAGGAAAUGCUAAGGCAGCCCUAACUGCCUGCAAUAUGGUCCUCAUUUAGCAGAAUUAGGUUACUCAGGAUGAGAUGUUCAGCUGAAAUUCAGGACCUUUUUACUAUUAGACGUGUUUUGCUCAUUUGCAUGACUCCUGCAUCCCAGUUCUUGUUAUAACUUCUCUAAUAUUUUUGUUGCUAUACUUUCAGGUGGUGUAUGUCAUUGAGCAUGACUUCUCAAAUGCUUAUAUCCAGGAACAUUUGCAAUUAGCAUUUGACAAUGUCCAGGUGAUUAAGGUUGAAAAUCCAUCAAGUGAUGAACUCACCAAGAAGCGAAUGCGGAAAAGGAAGCUUGUUAGGACAGGAGAACAAGCGGUAACACCUUCUAGGGAUGUCCGUGCCCAGUUCUACUCUCGCAUGGGUCUUGUUGCAACCACAACUGCACAGUCUUCUCAAAGUAUAAAGGAAGAGCCAGCUCCUCAUCCAUCAUGUAGCAGUAGUGCUGAAGAUGAACAAAGCUCUAAAGAAAGAGCAAACCAUGGCAGUGACAGGGAAUCUAAUAGCAAUAAAACAGAACACGAGACUGAUAAUAGGCCAACAAUAACUGUUGACUGCCCAGAAGUGCUUCUUGAUGCCGAAGAGGUACAUCACAAUCUGUUUGACAUUCUGUUCAAAUGCCAAUCAGUUGAGGUCCCCUGGAGGCACUUACUGGCAUAUUCAAUAACACUUCACAGGUCGCUCCUGUCAGUACUGGCUGCUUGUUUCCAGGAUGCCAAGCUGCUAGAUUGCUUAUGUGCCUGGCUGUGCUCAACAGUGAGCCCCUCUGUAGUGGAACCUGCUGUAACAACUAUCUCAGGAAGUCAUCAACGAGAGUCUUGGGAUAUACAAAAGCUUCAGUGGCAUCAGUGGACGAAGGAGGACCUCACAGCACUCAUCUUAGCAAUAGUUGAUAAGAGAGAGAAACUUGCACACACUCUGGCCAAAGCAUUUUACAUUUUUGAUCCAGCCAGUCCUCUGGUUAAAUUUUUUCAUUUCCAUGAAACAUUUCUGGUGCAUUCUGAUUAUGAUGCUUGCAAGGAAUAUUUGAUUGCCUUCAAGUUAUCUUACAACAAGCUGGCCAUGAAGGUGGCUGUAGACAAGCACGUGGAUGUGCUCAAGAUUGGGACGUUAGAGUGGCUGGAAGAACUAACAAGUCAAGUCACAAAACAAAUGCUUACACAUUGUGAGAGUGCCCACCAACAACACCAUCUUUUAGCAAUUUUGGCACGAACUAUGUUUGGAAGAAACUUCUUGUGUAAUGUGCCUGAUUAUCAUGAACUGCAUGAAGUGAGCACGGUUCUUCAUGGCACAGACACCGACAUGAGACUUGAAGUAAUGCUGGAGAAGGGAAGUGAAGACAGCCAAGUUGAGAAGGAAAGGGUGCUGCUCUCAUUGCUUAACACUAAACACUUUACAGAGGCUCGAAAGUUUGCUGAAUUGGUGAAACUGUCUGGUGAUCACAUUACACGGAAAGAGGUUGAAGCAGAAUUGGAAAAUGCGAAGAACUCCAUGCUAUGGGAGAUAGAGCAAGGACGACUUGCAUUCUGGCACAAAGCAGAAAAGUGUUUCAGAGGCCAUGGUUGCAAACCAGAUACUGUCGGCUCAUUCUUUGAGAACCAAGCCAGUGACACUGAGCUGUCAUUUACUGAGCGUGCUAUGCUUCUUGGAAUAGCAGUGAAGUGGUUUUCAAAUCUGCCCUCUGAUCAACAACAAAAGACACAAGAAGAUUUACAAGAUCUUCACAAGAAGCGAUGGCUGUUUAAGAUACGAGCAGAAAUCGAAAAAGACUUUGUGGGGAAUCUGACCAGAUCUGUGAGCCACCUGGAGUUUCUUUCCCAUGAAACAGAGAUGGAGUUAUUAAGUGAAAUCAAGCCAGCUAACAUAGAAGUAGUUUCUCGCAAGACUGUCAAUUUAAAAGAACUUGUGCAAGAUGAUACUGCUGAAGUACAAACAGACUCUGAAUGCCUACUGGAAACAGAAAAGGAAAUUAGAGCUUUGGAGAAGGUGAUUGGUGACUUGUUGGAGGGUUGUCACAUCAGUCGGGCACGAUGGCUUGCAAGGUUGUUUAAUCACAGCUGUUUGGAGUUAGAUGUUGUUAUGUCAUGCAUACAUUUGGCCCAAGGAACACGUUUUGUGGACACACUUGAUGAUCACGUUCAGAUCCUGCUUUCCUACAAGGGACGACAAGAAAGCCUGGAUAGCAGCACCAGGCAAUUCCAGCGUUCGGGCAGUUUUAUUUUCACAUCCAGCUUCACUGAAAAGAUGGCAGAAGAGCGUCAUGACUCAGUGUCCUCUGCAGACUGGGUCAAAGUUGAAGACAUCAUCACUUCCAUGGAAAGUCUGGCAUUCCACUGCAAGCAGGGAAAAAGAUGCUGUAAUUGUAUCAUCACCUGCUACAGGGUUGCUCAGACCCUUGGCCAGGAGUAUGAGACUAUUGUAAAUAAGAAGCCUUUAAGCGUUCUUCAUUCAUUGUUACUCUCUGUAUUUGAUAACCGCUAUAAACUGAUGGAGAGUUACAUUAAAGCUACACAGCUUGACUCUGUGCAGGUGACACAAUUUUUGGCUGACAUCAUCUUGAAUUCUCUUCGUGUUCACAGCACUGGUGAAGAUAUUUCAGGAAGAGAAUACAGCGACUUGACUGUAAAUGCGGCACCAUCUUGUGAAGACAUCAGUCACAUGAUUCGCUUGUGUCCUGACUAUUCCCUGCUUGGUGGCCGUCUCCUGGACACAGCCACAUCAUUGGCCAAUGAGCGUGCUGAAGGAACUACUCUUCCUGGAGGAUUGAACUUAGAAGUGGAGUUGUUAGUCCGUGCUCAUGAGUGCCACACAUUGGCUUGUAACAUGGAGGGCAUAGCAGCAGUGCUCCGGAAUGGAAGAGUGCUCACAACUGCUUUGGCAGAAACCAGAGAUUAUAUGCUGAUGGUUCGUCUGCUCACUGGCAUAGCUAGGUUCCAUGAGAUGUCUUACAUCUUUGAUACUCUCUUUGAACAUGAGCAUUUUGAGCUGCUUUGUCGAAGGGGAAUUGAUAAGGAAAACAAGCUUAAAGUUGCUCUUCUUGAGUACUUACGAAGACAACACCCAGAAGAUACAGACAAGUUCUCCAUGGUGGCCCAUCACUUCAGCAUGUACCGAGAGAUCGCCCAGACCCUGGAGGAGACAGCUGUGAAACAGCUGGCUAGUCUGGGAGACUGUUUCCCAGAGAAAAAGCAAGGACAGGUAAAUGCUGAGAAGGGUGCUGCUGAAGUUUUCUUCAAACUAAACUCCAUAAUGAAGUCCUUCUGCUAUGCUUCAGACAACUAUGCAAAGGAGAACUGUUGGCGACAUUCACAGAAUUGCCUCAGAAAUGCUAGGCUGGUUCAUCUUCAAAUCCAGGUUCUUUCAUCUGGUGUCACAGUUGUCAACUUGGAUGAAUAUGCUCUGAAGAAAUUUCUUGCUCAUCAUACUCACUUCUUUCAGUCUCUUCUGGUUGCUGAAGCAUAUAAAAAGCGUGACAUUUCCAUUUGGUUUGACGCAGUUUACCAUCAAGUUGUAAUGAAGGGAAACUUCAGCUACUUUCAGGAUAUGCGUUCAGCUCUUCCGCUCUCCAACAGCCUUUUUGUUGAUAUUGCCAACAAGUACAAGAAUGAAAACUCACGCUCAUCUCAAGCAGCCACCAACAUGAAAAGACUGUUAGGUUUUGUAAGUGAUGUGCGCAUGUGUUACAAACUGGCCACUGACCUGAACUUCCGUGAUCUUGGCACAAGUAUUCUCGAGGGCGAUGGUGGUGCAUUUUUGAGGGAUGUUAUGGUUCCCUGAGUUUGUGUACAGGAGCUGAAAUGAGAAAGAAAGUGCUGCCACAGUGGACAAUCACCUCACUGCACCUUUCAAUAGCAUGCGAACUCUAAAGUUCAAAAAAUAACUGAUUGCAUUUUUGGCUGCUGUCAAUCAUUUUUUUUUACACUGACAACCAACAAACUGUGCAAAACAGAAACAUCCAAAAAGGAUCAAAUUCUACCAAUCGCAACCCACAGACAUGACCAUUUGAACCCAUUGAAGCAAACUUCUGUUUUGUGAGAGGUCCCCAAGAUGAUUGAUAGCGGCGAAACAUGAAACCGAUGAUUGAGCAGAGUUUGUUACUGAAGGUGCAGUAAUGAAAAGGAAGUAGACUUAAGUUGAUCUGAUAAUCAGAGACAGAUGUGGAGAAAACCAAAAUACAACAAUGGGCCAAAGGCCAUUUAUGUUAAAAUGAAGGAUCAUCAGUUUACACUGUGUUAACUGAUGUCAUCUGAGCAAUUUUUGUCACCAAUCAAUGUUUAAAAUCUAGAGCUCCUAGAAAUUAGCUUAAAUUUAAUAAUGAUCAGGGAUGGAUAAGCUUCAUACAUUUUUUCAAUGUUUUGGUCUUACAGACCCCCCUCCCCUGACCCCAAGAAAUUCCAAUCCAUUCUGUGGGGGAGUAUGGACAUUUUCUGGAACUGUACAAUAUUGAUUUAACAUACUUCUCUCCAUGCAUAUUGAUUUAACAUACUUCUCUCCAUGCAUGUUUAUGAAUGGCUGUGAACUGUAAGGAAUAUGUAGCCUCUGAAAGCAGUGAUACUUAACUCCUCACAGCAAUCCCCCCCUUCUGACAGUUCAGCUAGAUAGUGUAGAUUUAAUGUGCAGUUAGCAAAAAAGUGUAGAUUUAAUGUGCAGUUACAAGACUUAAGAAU